GCCUGGCGCUCUGCCUCUCCCUCUCGCCGUGCAGGGCUUCAGGCCAUCCGGGCUCCGGCUUCCGGCAUCCAUCAGGCGUCCUCAUAAGAUGGUGUAGGGCAGCGAGCGCCGAGCAGAGCAGCAAGGCAGAGCAGCGAGCAGCCGAGCAGCGAGGCAGCGGGCGUCCUCAGAAUCCGGGCUGCCGAGCCGCCGAGCAGAGCAGCCGAGAGCAGCGAGGCAGCGAGAACGGCCCACGAGAAGGCCCGUGCGGGUGCGGUCGCCCUGGGCCGAACAACCCCGGACCGCCGUCCGCUGCUUCCUACUCUUCACCGCUUCACCCCGCGUGCGCGCUUUCUCUGUUGCUCUGCUACAACUGCGGCGCCGCCGCCGCCGCCGCCCUACGCCAGUUGCCGAGCCCUUCAUCGCUCUUCUCGCCGGCGACGAGCACCCACCACAACAAGUCUUUCACCCACAGAAGGCAAAGAUGAUCAAGAGGCGCUACUUUAGGCAGGACCAUGGUGAUAACAGCGGCUCCUCAUCUUCCUCCUCAUCGGAUUGUGACUCGGACAACGAUUUGGCAGAAGAGGCAGUCAGCAGUGAGGAAGUAGAGGAGCAGGAAGAAGAGGAAGCAGUCAAGGAAGAAUCAGGAGAAGAAGAGGAAGGAGAACUAGAACAACAAAUUGUAGAAGGGAGUUCAGGAUACCAAAGUGAGGACAACUCAUGGAAUGAUGUUGAUGGUGCAUCUAUAGACGAUGAUGAACACAGCAGCCCAAGAGAUGAAGAACGUCAUGAAAUAAGUUUGCCCAUUAUGAAAUCUUCUGGUGCUAAUGCUGACUCUGCCAAAAGUGCUGAUAACACAGAUGACGCUGUUGAUGCAGACUUCCCUAACUGCAUUCUGAAAUGCAAAUCUGUGUUUAAGUGCAAGCUCUGUCCUAGGAUCAUGUGCUUAAAUGUGGAGAUGGUCAAGAUACAUCUGAAAUCAAAGAGGCAUGCUCGUUCCGAGAAACUACUAGGAGAAGGGAGGCUUAAGCUGAUGCUCAACAGCGAUGGUGAACUGGAGGAAGAGCAAGAGACACAUGCUGAACGACAUGCUCGGACUAUAGCCCUUUCCCAGCAAGUACAAAAGCAGAAGAAGGAUUCAGGUAGGCAGCGACAGAAUCGGAGAAAGAAGAAGAGGUCUCGGGUUAAUCUGGAAGAGGCACAGAACAACAAAAAACAACGCAAAGCUAAAUGAAGUGGGUCUUGCAGAAGCUUCCAAGUUCUUUUGUAGCUUCAACUGCUGUGUUCCCAAACUUUGUAGCGGCCAUACCGUUAGGAUAUUCAAGUAUCCAAGAGUUUUCUCGUCGGCUGUACCCCGUUUCGGCCUAAACUGUUAGUAAUUUGUUGAAUUUUAGAUAUUUAAUUGAAGUGGAUCAAAAUGAUAUUUUUGAGCCGAGCAGCUGAUAUAGGCUCCUCGAACUACAGUGUGUCGCCUGUGCCAAAUCAUCACAGGUUCAUGAUCCACACGAACUAUAAUUGUGCUUCUCAAACUGUGGUGUGGAGCUUGAGCCAUUUUAGAGGAGUCACACACUGUGUGUGUAUUUU